AUGCGCAAAUCGGUUCAUAUUAGUAAAGUCAUCGAUAUCGGGAAUGGUAUCGUGAAAUCUGCCCUGAGGCUUGCGACCGAGAUUGUCUGGGUCGACGAGCAACUCGCUGAUGGAGUGCGACUUUUUCAAGCCGUCGUUCUUGUUGGUCUGCCAGCCCUUGAGCGCAUCGUAGAUUCGCCGCUCCGGCACGACGUGUCUGACGAGCGAGCUGUUUGCACGCAGCUUAUCGAUUGUUUCUCGGUAUCACUUGCCACUGCAGCAGAUCACUCUUACUGUACUCAUCCAACAACGAUUCUAUCAGACUAUAAUGCUCUUUCUGAUCGUAAUACUUAUUAA